CUAUAUCCACAGUGCAAAAAUUAUGCGGAAGCGAGAGCAGCUAAAAACCUGAGCGAAGAGCAGUUGGAGUUUGAGAUUUACCGUCAAAAUGGCCCAACCUGGUGGGCGAAAGCCGGGGUUUUUCUCGAAAGUGGCGGAGAUGAUGACCGCCCCUCGACCAGCAGUGGACAGAAAGACCCUGGAAAAGACAUGGAAACUGAUGGAGAAAGUGAUGCGGCUCUGCCAGCACAACAAGAUGAAACUGAAAAACAGUCCGCCGUACAUUUUGGACAUUUUGCCCGAGACCUACCACCAGCUGCGGCUGGUGUGGUCCAAGUACGAAGGCGAUCCGGAGAAACUCCACGAACUGAACGACAACGUCUAUUUUCGUAUCUUCGUGGACAACAUCAUGAAGAAAGCCCGGCAGACCGUUCAACUCUUCAAGGUCCACAAGGAGAAAAUGUACGACGAAAAUUCGGCCGGCAGGCGGGAGUUGAAUCGGCUCUCGUUGAUUUUCAGCCACAAUCUGGCCGAGUUGAAAGCCAUCUUUCCCAACGGGGUCUUCUCCGGGGAAUCUUUCCGCCUCACAAAACAAGACGCCGCCAAGUACUGGAAGAAAAACUUCGGAACAAGUACCAUCGUUUCUUGGAAGUCCUUCAGCCAGAGCCUCUAUGAGGUACACAGCUUCCAGAAAGGUCUGGAGGCCUACGCCCUCAAGACAACCAUCGACCUGACCUGCAAUGACUACGUCUCCAACUUUGAGUUUGAUGUCUUCACUCGGCUCUUCCAGCCCUGGAACACCAUCCUGCGGAACUGGAACUGCCUGGCCGUCAACCACAAGGGCUACAUGUCCUUCAUGACGUACGAUGAGGUCAAGAACAGGUUGCAUGCGUACAUCAACAAACCAGGAAGCUACAUCUUCAGACUGAGCUGUACUCGUCUAGGCCAGUGGGCCAUUGGAUACGUCACACAAGAUGGCAGCAUCCUACAGACCAUCCCGCAGAACAAGUCCCUCUGCGAAGCCCUCAUUGAUGGCAACAGGGAGGGAUUCUACCUGUAUCCAGACGGAGAAGAUGACAACCCAGACCUGACUUCCAUCAACACCAAACCUAUGGAGGAGCACAUUCAUGUCUCGCAGGACCAGUACGCCCUGUACUGCGAGAUGGGCUCCACUUUCCAACUCUGCAAGAUCUGUACUGAGAACAACAAGGAUAUCCGUCUAGAACCCUGUGGUCACCUGCUGUGUUCCUCAUGCCUCAAUGCCUGGCAGUCAAGAAUGAAUGCCAAUAAGGACACUGAUGGUCAAGGGUGUCCAUUUUGCCGGUGUGAGAUCAAGGGCACGGAGAUCAUUGUGAUUGACCCCUACCAUAGGGAGAAGGCAAACGGAGCUGAAGAGAAGCAGGAUUUUGAGUUUGAUGAUGAUGAGGAUGACGGUUUGGAGCUUCCGCCAACGGAGCCCGUCUACGCCGCCCCUCAGAAAGGCCCAAAGAACGAGCAUCCUAAGAGACUCGGACCCAGCAACCUCCCAGCCUUGCCCCCGCGCAGACCCUCACCCAAUGUCUCGCCCACUUCCUCACCCAGUAUGUCCCCCCGCUCGUCCAGCAAUGACCUGACUGAAGGGGCUUCGGCUAGGGUAGGGGGCGCAGCUGCUGCGGGAGGCGACAGCAAAGCGUCAGGGUUCCCGACCCUGCCACCCCGACGCUACUUGGAUGAAGGAGUGGAGCGAACCGAGGCAGAUGGCUUCUCAUCUGCAGACAACCAGAAGACAGGACCGAAGACGUUCCCGGUGACAGAGGGUGUGUACGACCAUCCUCCCCCGCCCCAAAGCGCACCCCGAGCCCGCCUCACACCCCCCGCCACUACAAACGACCUGAUUCUCCUCUCCACGCCCGCUCCAACAGGUGACGACAGCAGCCCCGCCCGGACUGGUUCCCCGGCCCCGCCCCUGCACUCUGCGCCUGCCCCACCAAUGGGCCAUGUCAAUCUCCUUUAUGAUCACCUCAAUAAUGCUCAGUCGUCGUCCCCGCCCGGCACCAUGACCACACACGGUGCCACGCCCGCCUCACCCUGGGCCCCAGCAGACAACCCGUCGAACCCAUUCCGUCGCUCGGUCAGCGACACCCAUCCCAACAACCUCAUCCCUAACCUGAAAUCACAACCUCAGGCGCACAGCGCAGAGGAACUUGAUGCCAUCUUUAAAACCGAUGACCCCUUUGCCUCACCUUUCGAGGGCAGUGUUCUUUACGAGAACAGCGUUGGGUACCUGAACCUGCCCCCGCCUCUGAACCCCGCCCUGCACCACCCAGCGGCCCCCUCGCCUUCUGCUGCUGCCCAGUUGGAGCAGAAACACUUUGGCUAUGAAAACGUGCCGCACCUAACCCAAGCUCUCACCCUAGGUGGCAGAGCGUCCCCCUCAGAGGACUAUGAUGUUCCCCCUCUACGCCCUCACUUGGCCAUGAACUCACAAGCCCCUUCAGCAACUCAGCAACCAAGAAUGCCACUUCGAGAAACUCCAGAAGACUAUGACAUUCCACCUCUCCCGCCUGUCGGCGCCAGAGGCCCCCUACAGCAAUCAAACCAGCCUCCACCCCUCCCAACCCAGCCCCGCCCAACUUCCAGCCCCUCCCCCAUGGCAAGCAACCAACCCCCUCCCCUUGCCCAGCGACAAGUGCCCUCCCCGCCCACCAAUGGACUCCUCCAGCCUACCAAAGCCACCAGUGUAGCAGUGGUUGAUCCCAAUAGCGUUCAGGGGAAGAUGGAGAUAUUGGUCCGUGAGGGGUACCGCCGGGAAGAAAUCAGCAAGGCGCUGGACAUCACACAGAAUGACCUGGCAAUGACGAGGAAAAUCCUAAAAGGGUUUUCCAACACCACUAGCUCUACAUAAAGCCUCAGCAUCUAUACAAGUAAAACACAGUAUGAAACAACUGCUGACGCAACCUAUUCAGUCAGUCAUUGAGGAGAACUUCUUAAAG